AUGGUAUUGAACAUCGACAUCAACAGCAGCCCAGCCUUCUCACGCAUACCGCCCUGGGUGAAGGCCAAACUUCGGCCCAUCGCAAUUGAGAAGAUCCAACAGGUAUAUGAUUGGGUCGAGACGGAAUGCAUACCCGCUGAGCGCAUCUACAAAGCGCAACUCAAAGAGAGCAAGACGCGAUGGGAAACCCCAGCCAUCAUCCACGACUUGCGAAAGAAGGCAAAAGCCCAAGGACUAUGGAAUCUCUUCUUACCGAACCACUUCAUCGAGAGUCCAGGUUUAACCAACUUGGAGUACUCAUGCUGCGCUGAGAUCAUGGGGCGAGUAUACUGGGCAGCACAGACGAUGAACUGCCACGCCCCCGAAACUGGCAACAUCGAACUCCUCGCCAAAUACUGCACCCCCGAACAGAAAAAGAGGUGGCUCCACCCCCUCAUGAACGGCGACAUGUCCUCCGCAUACAGCAUGACAGAACCCGACGUCGCCUCCUCAGACGCAACCCAAGUCGGCAUAAAAAUGGACAUUACCGACAAAGAAGUCAUCAUAAACGGACGCAAGCUCUAUGGCAACUGCCAGUACAACCCAGAAAUGCAGCUCUUCAUCUUGAUGGGCUGUUCCGAUCCCAACAAUGCGAAUGCGUGGAAUAGGCACACGACGCUCGUGGUGCCGGCGAAUAGCCCAGGCUUAAAGCAGAUUAGAAACCUGACGAUCAUGGGCUACGAUUGGGCGCCUGAAGGACAUGGCGAGUACGUCUACGAAAACGUACGUGUACCACUGGAAAACAUCAUCCUCGGUCCUGGACGCGCUUUUGAAAUUGCCCAAGGGCGGCUGGGCCCCGGUCGUAUACAUCACUGUAUGCGGCUCAUCGGCCAGGCAGAACGCGCGUUUGAACUUGCGCUUGUGAGAUGCAUGGAGCCGCGGAAGAAGCCACGGGGCAAGUUUAUUGGCGAGUUCGAUAGCAAUAUCGAGCGUAUUGCGGAUAUGCGCAUGACUAUCGAUGCUAUGCGGUUGGUUGUGCUCAAUGCGGCGGAUACUAUGGAUUUGCAAGGUAACAAGGCAGGGAAAUACGCUAUUGCGCAGAGUAAGAUUAUGGUGCCGAAUGCGCUGCUUAAAGUUAUCGACGAGGCUAUGCAGAUAUACGGUGGUCAGGGCUUGACGCAACACACGCCGCUGCCAGAGCUGUGGACGUAUGCGCGUUUUGUGAGGGUGGCUGACGGUCCUGAUUCCGCUCACAGACAUCAGGCUGGGAGGGACCAGAUGAAGACUGCGCAAGGGUUUAGGAAGAGAGCGGAAGGGUACACGGAGAGGUACAGGGAGCUGUGCAAAAAGUGGGGGCUGGAGCCGGAGGAGUUCUGGGGUAUUUUGUAG